UCCGUCCGGGUGGUCAACUGCUGCUUUCCUCCGACGCCUUGUAUAAUACUCUGUUCCGUUCCGUUCCGUUUGGCGUGGGUUGCGCAGCCAUACUUUGAUCAGGCGGAGCGGAGGCCGAUAAAAAUAACGGAAUUCCACCAUGGUGGCCAUGGCGGUAGCGGUGGCGUUGCUGGUGGUGGGGUUCGUCGUCGGCGUCCUCUCCCUGGCCAUCGCCGAGGGGGCAGCACUCCUCUGGGCCAUCCGCACCCUCACCACCACCACCACCCGCCCCUCCAAUUCCUCCUCCAAUUCCAGCGACGACACAUCUCCGGCUCCGCCUCCUCCUCCUCUCGGGGACCUCAAGCGACAGGGUUUCCUGUGGAUUCUAGAGCAAGAAAAGAUGCCCGCCAAAGCCAGCCACCACCCAUCAAAUGAUGCCCAAAGCCACGGGGGGAUCAAAGACAAGAAGACCGUCGUGGAGGUUUUCCCUGUGAAGAUGUUGGCUAAACUUGAAGGCCACUCGCUCACCUUGUCUGCACCUGAUGAUGCUUCUCAGCAGACCACCACCAUCCACCUGCUGGAUUCUACAAUUGUUGCUGUCUCUGCAUCAAAUCUACCCUCGCGUAAAUGACAGUUUGGCUAUAACCUCUUCCAUCAGGGCCAAGAGGUAUCCAAUAAAACUGGAAAGCAAGGAAUCUCAGGUUUCCAGGGGGAGCAAGGUAUGCUAUGUUUAUGCACAAACCUCUUGGGAAAAGGAAUCAUGGUGUAAAGCACUUCGUCUUGCAUCUACUACUGACAAGGACAAGCACAAGUUCCAUGCCAUGUUGGCUCGAGAGUUCCGCAGCUACAUAUCCUCUUUGAAUGCUGGAUACCCAUGUUUUCUAAAACCCUCCAUGCUCUCGGGCCUGGAACAAGUACUUGUGGACAGCACUGUAAAGACCGAUGGAUCUUCAAAAUUCAGAAAUCUUCUAAAAAGGUUGGCAAAGAAGGCACCAGUAAAGGCUUCUCCCGACAGCAAAAGUCCGGUAACAUCUAAACAGGAUAUAAAGCAACCUACUACACCUAGCUCUUCCGUGAGUUCCAACAGCCAGCUAUCUUAUUCCUCCCAUACAAAUGUGGAAGAAAAGCUUGCAGAUGAGGGUACACUUUGUUGGAACCUCCUGUUCUCUCGGUUGUUUUUUGAUGCUAAAAUGAAUGGUGAGGUCACCAAGGCCAUCAAAGCACGCAUUCAGCGAACAUUAUCAAACACGAGAACUCCAGCCUACAUUGGAGAAAUUACACUUGCUGGCCUCAGUCUUGGAAAGCUUCCACCAUAUCUACACAGAAUGAGAGUCAUCCCACUGGAUUUGAACGAGCUGUGGGCUUUUGAAGUCGAUUUUAACUAUUCUAGUGGAAUGCUUCUGCAUAUUGAAACAAGACUUGAGAUUCAGGAGCCAGAGUUGGAAAAAGACAUAAUGAGGACUAGUCUUAAAGAUGAUUCUAACGGGGAUGUGGGUUCGGAUGUCCUUGAUAGCAUUGAGCAAUAUGGUAACCAAUUCAGGUCUUCAGAAGCUUUGGAUUCUGUAGUGGGGGAUGAUGAUGAAGCAGAUGCAUUAAGGAAGUCAAAGAGCACUGGAUGGACAUCAACAUAUAUGUCGAGGUGGAAAAGAAUCUUGCAUUCAAUAGCUGACCAGGUAUCACAGGUGCCAUUAUCAUUAGCAAUUAAAAUAUCAAGUAUCCGUGGGACAAUGCGCCUACAUAUAAAGCCUCCUCCAGGUGACCGAAUUUGGUAUGGGUUCACGUCCAUGCCAGAGAUAGAGUGGGAGUUGGAAUCAUCAGUCGGGGACAGGAAGAUCACCAACAGCCACAUAGCCUCGCUUAUCGGCAACAGAAUUAAGGCUUCGCUUCAUCAGAGCUUGGUGCUUCCCAACUGUGAAAGUAUUCCAGUCUCGUGGAUGAUAUCAGAUAAGGAUGACUGGGUGCCUCGCAAGAUAGCGCCUUUUAUAUGGCUCAACCGUGAGCCAACCACUGAGAAUAGUGCAAGGCCCCCUGUAGGCACGACCAGAGAGCUACCUGGGGAAGCAUCAGUGUCGAAGGCCAUUGCGAAGAACAAGUCGAGUCCACCUGCUUCUUCAACGAGAAGCGAGAAUGAAUUGCCCAAGACAAAAAUAUGCUUUGAUGGAUCAGAGCAAGCAGAAGCAUCAACGAGCCGGCACUGGCAGUCCCAGCUAGUUUCAGCAAGUGGAGCUCCCCUGCAAUCUUGUGAGGAUGCGACAGGGGAUCAGCUGAGGAUGCCACUGCUGAGGGGCAGCAGCAGAGAUGACAGAGCCAUGGUGGUAGCUGCAGGGACCUCUGCCAGUGAGGAGGCCGGAGAUGUGAAGAGGAAGCGCGGUGCUAGGCGUGCCCGGGUGAUGGACCUGGGCAGGAGGAUGGGGGGCAAGCUGGAGGAGAAGGGCAAGCAUAUCGUCGGGAAGAUGCGGGAGAAUGCGAGGAGCAACAACAGCCUGCUCCUGCCAGGCUUGGAGCGGGCUACCACCCCUGCUCCUGCUCCUGCUCCUAGUUAGCACAGUUAGUCAAGAGUAGACAGUAGAGAUGACAACUGCUACUCAACAAAAAUGAAAUGAGAAAUCCUCAUUUAUAGCGCCUGGCAACAGCUCCUACAAAAUGAAAUGAUGUGGGAGACUGUUUGCGAUUGUAUCAUUGUAUGUAAAAGAGCCUAUGGAUGUACCAUACCACCCAGCUAGAGCUACAGUUUUCACUCAACUAGAUAGAUACAUGUAUGCAUCUCGUCAACUCUCCUCACUGAACAAAUAUAACAAGCAACAGUUCCUUUGUUGCGCCCUGAGCUGCUUAUUUCUAA